GAUAUGGCUUUGUGGAGUUCCUGAGUGAGGAAGAUGCUGAUUACGCCAUCAAGAUCAUGAACAUGAUCAAGCUGUACGGGAAGCCCAUCCGUGUCAACAAGGCCUCUGCUCACAACAAGAACCUGGACGUUGGGGCAAACAUUUUUAUCGGCAACCUGGAUCCUGAGAUCGAUGAGAAGCUGCUGUACGAUACUUUCAGUGCCUUUGGGGUCAUCCUGCAGACCCCCAAGAUCAUGCGGGACCCCGACACGGGCAAUUCCAAGGGCUAUGCCUUCAUCAACUUUGCAAGUUUUGAUGCAUCCGAUGCUGCCAUUGAAGCGAUGAACGGGCAGUACCUGUGCAACAGGCCCAUCACCGUCUCCUACGCCUUUAAGAAGGAUUCCAAGGGCGAGCGUCACGGCUCAGCUGCUGAGCGCCUGCUGGCUGCCCAAAACCCUCUGUCGCAGGCAGACCGCCCGCACCAGCUGUUCGCCGAUGCUCCCCCUCCUCAGGCCUCUCAGAGUAACGUUGUGUCUGGCCUGGCAGCAGGAGUGCCCCCUCCAGGUAUGCCCCAUCCAGGAUCAUUCCCACCUCCAGUGCCCCCACCAGGAGCGAUGCCCCCGGGGAUGCCUCCAGCGAUGCCGCCUCCAAUGCCACCCAGCACGUCUGCACCUGGACCACCAUCAUCCGGCCCACCUGGUACAACACCUCACCACGUGGGACCUCCCUUCCCCCCAGGGGCUAUGCCCCCACACGGAAUGCACCCGAUGCAGGUGCCACACCAUGGACCACACAACAUGGCUCCCCUCUCCGGUGGGCCUGCACAGAACGCUCCUCACCGACCUCCCCCUCCUGGAAUGCAGCAUCACAACCCCCCUCCCAUGGUCAUGCCUCCUCGCGGACCCCCGUUUGGACAUCAUAUGGGGCCCCCACCACACGGAAUGCGUGGACCCCCUCCUCCGAUGCCACCGCCUGGUUUCAACGGCCCUCCUCGCCCGCCCCACUUUGGAUUUGCUAGGGGUCCGCUCAUGCCACCACGUGGAGGUGCCCGGUUGCCGAUGCCCCCCCGAGGACCCCCCCGUGGCCCCCUCCAGCCCCAGUAGAGGUGGCGGGCGGCACAGAGACAUUGUCAGCUGCGGAGCUGCCUGAGUUUGUUAGUAGCAGCAGCCGGUGCACACAGGACAAUCCAGUCACUGGUUAGCAGGAGCUGAUUAUUUUAACCGGAUCACAGCAACAGGAACAUCGGAUCUUCAAACAAGAACCUGGAAUUCGUCUUCAGUCGGGUGGGUGUGG